CUGGCCGCCGGAGGGGGCGGACAGACGCCAACCUGUUGUCGUCCCGUCACCAUUCACCAGCUCGCACAGCACAAGGAAGUGCGGCACCCACACGCGCUCGGAGAGCCCGGCAUGCAGGAAGUUCGUGCGGAGCGCGGCGACUAGCUUGGCGGCGGGCGAGCGGGGCGGCCGGAGCGCGGCGGGCGUGCCUCCCGGAGCGGGUCCCGGCUUUUCCUUGGAGCGACGCUGCACCCAGGUCGCUGAUCCCAAUGCACCGCCUCGCCCUCGUCUACACUCUAGUCUGCGCAAACUUUUGCUGCUAUCGGGACACUUCUGCUACCCCGCAGAGCGCAUCCAUCAAAGCUUUGCGCAACGCCAAUCUCAGGCGAGAUGAGAGCAAUCACCUCACAGACUUGUACCGAAGAGACGAAACCAUCCAGGUGACAGGAAACGGCCACGUGCAGAGUCCCCGCUUCCCGAACAGCUACCCCAGAAACCUGCUUCUGACAUGGCAGCUCCAUUCCCAGGAGAAAACAAGGAUACAGCUAGCCUUCGAUAAUCAGUUUGGAUUAGAAGAAGCAGAAAAUGAUAUCUGUAGGUAUGAUUUUGUGGAAGUUGAAGAUAUAUCUGAAACCAGUACUGUUAUUAGAGGACGAUGGUGCGGACACAAGGAAGUCCCUCCAAGGAUAACGUCAAGAACAAACAAAAUUAAAAUAACAUUCAAGUCAGAUGAUUACUUUGUGGCUAAACCUGGAUUCAAGAUCUAUUAUUCUUUUGUGAUCAAACAGGCUGCCUGCCCAGCCCCCAAGGAAGAUUUCCAACCCGUGGCAGCUUCAGAGACCAACUGGGGGGAGUCAGUCACAAGUUCUAUCUCAGGGGUAUCGUAUCACUCUGCAUCAGUAACAGAUCCCACUCUCACUGCGGAUGCUCUGGAUAAAACAAUUGCAGAAUUUGAUACUGUGGAAGAUUUGCUCAAACACUUCAAUCCAGAAUCAUGGCAAGAAGAUCUUGAGAAUCUGUAUUUGGACAUCCCUCAUUAUCGAGGCAGGUCAUACCAUGACAAGAAGUCAAAAGUUGACCUGGACAGGCUCAAUGAUGAUGUCAAGCGGUACAGUUGUACUCCCAGGAAUUACUCAGUAAACCUAAGAGAGGAGCUGAAGCUGACCAACGUGGUCUUCUUUCCCCGAUGCCUCCUUGUGCAGCGCUGUGGAGGAAACUGUGGUUGUGGAACUGUCAAUUGGAAGUCCUGCACAUGCAAUUCAGGGAAAACCGUGAAAAAGUAUCAUGAGGUGUUAAAGUUUGAGCCUGGCCAUUUCAAGAGGAGGGGUAGAGCGAAGCACAUGGCUCUCGUUGACAUCCAGCUGGAUCACCACGAGCGGUGUGAUUGUAUCUGCAGCUCAAGACCACCUCGAUAAAAACAUGUGCGCACAUUUACAUCAAGCACGAAAGAACCUUUAGUUUAAGAGGAUGUCCUAAGAGACCCUUUCCACCAGCAACUGAACUUACUACUAGCCUGCAAAGCGAUGAAUACAAGUGGUUGCUGAGUCUCAACCUAGCUUUGUUAGUGCCAUGGCAAGUAGAAAGGUGUCUCAUCAACCUUUAUAUACAAGAACAUAGGAUUGCAUUUAAUUAUAGUGUCUAUGUAUAAAUAGAUCAAAUGGUUUAUUCAGUAUGUAUAACCAGAUACACCAGAUCUUUACAUAUGGUUGAGUUAUUUAGACCCUUAAAAUCUUUUGACAAGAGAAGGGACAUAUUAAGUACAUGUAACAUGUCUUUGGAAGAUUCAGAAGAUUAAUUUGUUUAUUUUAAAAUUUCAAAUCCCAGAACAAUUGUGGAUCUCAAGAUUUUUAAAAAAGCAUCUUAUGUAUUAUAAAACGUAAAAGAGCUUUUCUUAUGUACACAUCUUAAUUAUACCAAAGGAAAUAUGUGGUUUCUGGGAAAAAAGCAUGAACCUAACCAUUUUUCCUAUGGCAUACACUAUAUAUUUACCUAUGUAGACAAUAAUUACCUGUCUCCAAAGGUGUGCCAUAAUAAUAUAGGUGCUUUAGAAAUUAAGUCAUCAAGUCAUCUUUAUGCAUCUUGCUAAGGCAUGCAAAUUCACUUAACACCUGUCUCAAAAAAAAUUUCCCAGUAAGUUUAUUAUUAUGAUAUUGUGAGACAAUUUAUGAGCUGAAUUUAUAGCAGAAUUUUGAAUUGUUUCUUUCCAAUAACCCUCCAUAGGAGUAACUCCUCUGAAGGAAGAAUGGCAUAGGGACUCAUUAUGAACAUUUCAAAAUAGUGUUCAUUGAAAGAUUUGGGAAACUAAAAGUCAAAAAGAGUGAGCAAUGAUAUUAUCAACAUAACUGGAAAUUGGAUGGAAUAUUCGAUAGGCUCCAUACUUAAUAAUGGAUUCAAACUCUCCAACCUGUGCCAAUUCAUUUUGUGUAUCUUGCUUUUGUGUUCCUGUAUCUUUGAUACACAAACUUGGAUUUACAACAGCAUUUUAUAUUUGGUAAACCAUCAAAGAUUAUUUAUAGCCUAAAAGCAUUUGUGUAUUAAAGCAACCCACUUUUACUGAUGUAAAUCCCUGAUCACAUACUCACUCACCAUUCAGAAUUCCUGUUUCUGAACCAAGUGAAAUCAGAUCUGGAGUCUCUGGUUCUUUCCAAAUCUGUGGAGCUUGUUCUAUGAAGCCACCCUGCAAAUUGUGGGAACGCAAGUUAGGCCCUACUCUACUAAAAAGCUGUUGUUUGCAUUGGUGGUUAUUAUUGGUAUUUAGAGUAAUAUUUCCUCCCUGGCUCCUUAAUGUCUGUUUUAAAGGAGGCUGACUCCAGGCAUAGGAAAUGAUUUACCAUCCUCUAAAGCAGGACUCCAAAGAGCAACACUGAAAUCAUGAUAGCUCAGAGGCAGCGCAGACACACCUACAUUUUUCUUCCUGCUGUAAAAGAAAAAAGAACAGAUUUCUUCCAUGAGUCUAGGGCCCUAUUGACUACAACCAGUUGGAGGGAGGGGUGUGUGACAAGGGUUUGAUAAGUCCCAGUGUCAGAUGAGUGGCUUAAAUAUACUUUGCAUUUCUAAGCAUGGUGCUCUGAAGACCAAAUUCGCAGCUCCUUGAGAUGAAAGCCCAGUGCUUAUUGAAGAUGUACCUUCAAAACUUCCCUGGAAGUAUCUAGUGUUUUUUCACCUAAGGCAGUGAUAAAGUUGAAUACUCAAUGUUGUUCAGUUGUCAAUCAGCAACAGCUGAGGCUAAUAAUCAGGACCCACUCAUCCCCUUCAUGGCCACUUGCGAGUUUCUUAUGAAAACAUCAGCUUGUGCUCCAGAAUCAAAAUGUGUGUUACAUCACUUUGGUUUGUUCAGCUCACAUGAUAGCUGUAAGUGUGAAAAAUUAGAGUGUUCUACCCAGUUUUCAAUAAACCUUCCAAGCUGCAAUAACCAGGGUAGUUUUCCGUUAAAGCCCUAUCUGUACUUUUUAUUUAUUAGCUGAAAUGUAAGCAGGCAUAUUCACUCACUUCUCUUUUUUCUUUCCCGGGUGUUUUAUUAAAACUUCUCCCUUGGUUAUCUGUUAUCUAUUGCACUUCCACCAUGUAGCCAAUAAAUCUGUUUCAUUGCCACCAAAGGAAUAAAAAGUAUGCCGUACAAAUUAAAUUUCAAAACAAACCCUAAUAAAUCCAUAUUUCUGCAUGGCUCACUCACCUGGAAUAAUGCCUUUCAUUCAAUAUGUUCUUAUAGGGCAGAAUGCAUUCAUCGGUAGUUUUUUUUUUUAAUAUUUUUUGUCAUAUCAGUAAUAUGCAGCUUUUCCCUCUCAUAGCAUUUUCUAUAACAAAUGUAAUAUGCCUCUUAUCUUCAUGAAAAAUAAAUAUUGCUUUUGAACAAAAA